CAAGGUCGAAAGCACUAUGAGUCGUUCUGCAUCUGGAGCGGAUGUGACUGAGAAAUAUUUUACACAAUUGGUACCAAUUGAAAAACUAUCAGAAAUUCUUAAAGAAAAAUCUCUUAAACAAGGGGUCAACGGAAUUACUUCGGAUGUAUUUGUGUCCCAAGUAUUUCCACAAUAUGCAGAUCUUGGUCAACGUUUAUUCAAGUUUAUGCAUGCGACGUCUAGAGCAACUACAAGUUACUUGGGGACCGUAGCCUUCCGUCAACAAUGCGAACGAUUUCUGGGAAUAAUGGACGAUGCUAAAAUAUUAGAAUGCUAUAUAAGGAUGUACGCCCAGUCCGAUAAUCCGGAUUUUGUUGAUCGAGAGGGUGUAACUCGAUUGCUUCAUAUAUGUUACACAAUUGCUAUGCAACACUCUGGAAAUUCACUUUUAUGUCCCUCGAUAAAUCGUACGUUCAGUUCUGUGACGAAAUCAAUAUUUUUUAGUCACGAUACUUUAAGCGUAGGCUUCGUCUGCCGUUGGUUUGAACAAAAUUUAAUACGUUUAGUACUAUUGGUACACAAAUAUUGUGUUCAUACUCUUUCGACUGCAUACCGCGGACUUGAACAGGAAGGCCAAUCUUGUGGCAUAGAACUACAGACACCGGUUCUAGAACAACGAAAUCCAUUUCCCGAUAAAAGUCAAAAUACUCCGUCUGAAGAUACCAUCGAUGCUUCUUCCACUUUGAUGCCAUUAUCGCAAGCCUGGUUAUUGGCCGGUGCUUUGCCGCCAUUAUACUCUAAACCACAAAAAGUUACGUCUCCAAGCGCCAAUAAGGCGUCAGCAGCACAAAUUUUUAUAGAAAAAUUGUCGAUGAUGCCCUCGCAUUGGACAUUACUGUACGAUUCAAAUGAACACGGUUUAGGUGCUAACCGCUUUUUACAUCACGUCCUUGGUUAUCGGGGACCAACAUUAAUAUUGAUCCAUACAAAAGACGAUCAGACCUAUUUAAUUGCCUCGCCAAAUGAAUGGAAGGAGACACAUCUUUAUACAGGCGGUGAAGGCAGUUGUGUUUUACAACUAUGGCCAAAAUUUGUGAUACUAGAAAAGAAACCAAACAUUCUCUACCUAAACACAUCCAUUCGAGGAUAUCCUAAAGGCUUACGAGCAGGUGCAGAUCCUAGAAAACCAAUAAUAGCAGUCGAUGAACACUUUGAAAACGUUGAUUGUAAGGGAAUUGCUGCUGUUCUACUUUCAAUUGAGGUGUGGGGUUGUGGAGAUAAAACAUCACGUGAAGUACAAUUAGAUAUCAAGAAAUGGCAAAUAAAAGAAGCCGAACGACAACGUACAGUUAAACUAACCGCAGCAGAUUGGAUGGAUCAUCCAGAUCGAUUCCUUUUGGAAUUGGGUGGCCGACAGAAUUACAACAAUUGAUUA